UCCUUUUUGCCAAUCCCCCCAACCCCCAAAACAUCAGACCGAUCAAUGAUUUCCUGUUUCCUUUUUGGUUUUUGAGAGCAGCUUUUGCUCGAGCGAAACCGAAAUGGCAGAACCCCUGUAGGAUUGGGUUCAGGAACUGAUCGAGACCAGCCAUAUAUCGCUUUCCUAAGAUUUUGGGGUUUUAAAGCGGACUUUCCCGCUCCGGUUCAUCCCCCGCACCCGGUUCCCACCGCCUCUGCCCUAAAAAACCUGAGAGCAGUUGCUCAGAGGAGAGACGUUUUCCUUCUAUAUUCUACGAAUCCCAGAGGGGAUUUCCCCUCCGAUCGCAAUCCAUGGAACCCACCGUGGCUUCCAGCUGCGCCAGGACAUCCCUCGCCGCCCUCUCUUCUUUGAGCCUCCCUAGAUCGGCGCGGCUCCCGAUCCUUCCCACCACUUCGUGUCCAUCUAUUGCUUCUUCUCUCCGCAACCCCGUUUCUCCCAAGAAUUUAUGCUGCAGAGCUUCUCUGGCUGCAGAUCCCAGAGUGCCCGUGACUGAGACGAAGAAGACCCAUGUUGAAGAGACUGCAGACAUGGAAUCGUUCAGCUUGAUGAAUUUGUCGCCGUUGGAUGGCCGUUAUGUACAAAAGGUCAAAGAUUUGCGGCCAAUCUUCAGCGAGUAUGGGUUAAUCCGGUAUCGUGUUAUAGUUGAGGUCAAAUGGUUGCUGAAACUUUCUCAAAUUCAGGAAAUCACAGAAGUCCCAAGCUUUAGCAGCGAAGCUCAAUCUUUCUUGGAAAGAAUAAUUCAUGAAUUUGAUAUAAAUGAUGCCCUAGAAGUGAAAAAAAUUGAAAAAGUGACCAAUCAUGAUGUCAAGGCAGUAGAGUACUUUUUAAAACAGAGGUGUAAAUCCUGUCCAGAGGUAGCAAAGGUACUUGAGUUUUUUCAUUUUGCCUGUACAUCUGAGGAUAUAAACAACCUAGCCCAUGCGUUGGCAUUGAAAGAGGCAUUCAACACUGUUAUAUUUCCUGUUAUGAUUGAAUUAUGCAAAACUAUACGUGACAUGGCAAAGGAGAAUGCACAUGUCCCUAUGUUGUCCCGCACUCAUGGGCAGCCAGCAUCCCCUACUACUUUGGGAAAGGAAAUGGCAAAUUUUGCUGUUAGACUAAGUGAGCUAGGAAAGACUUUCACUGAAGUUCAAAUAUUGGGAAAGUUUGCUGGUGCAGUUGGGAACUACAAUGCCCACAAAGUUGCAUAUCCUGAUGUCAACUGGCCAAGAGUAGCAGCAGAGUUUGUGAGAUCUUUGGGCAUAGAUUUCAACCCUUAUGUGACACAGAUUGAGCCUCAUGACUAUAUUGCAAAGCUUUUCAAUGCAGUCACCCAGUUCAACAACAUUUUGAUUGAUUUUGACAGGGACAUUUGGAGCUACAUAUCAUUGGGUUACUUUAAGCAGAUAACUAAGGCUGGUGAAAUUGGUUCCUCCACUAUGCCUCAUAAAGUCAAUCCUAUUGAUUUUGAAAAUAGUGAGGGUAAUCUAUGUUUGGCUAAUGCUGUUUUAUCCGCCCUUAGCAUGAAGUUGCCCAUUUCACGCAUGCAGCGGGACCUUACGGAUUCAACUGUCUUGAGGAAUUUGGGUGUUGGCUUAGGUUAUUCUCUCUUGGCUUAUAGAAGUUCACUACAGGGAAUUAAAAAGCUACAGGUGAACGAAUUUCGACUAAAUCAAGACUUGGAGCAGACAUGGGAGGUCCUUGCUGAACCAAUACAAACGGUUAUGCGGCGGUAUGCUGUUCCUGAACCAUAUGAGAAGCUGAAAGAGUUGACUAGAGGAAGGGAUGUUACCAAGGAGAGCAUAAGAGAGUUCACGGAACGUCUGGAUUUGCCCCAGGAGACCAAGUCACUUCUUUUGGAUUUGGCUCCUCAGUCUUAUCUUGGAGAAGCAGAGAAAUUAGCUACAGUCAUUGACGAUGCUGUGGAUUUAGAGAAUGGAUUUAAGCUUCUAUAGAUCAGUAUCGUUGGAUGUUACUGCGGUCCUUGACUUCAAUAAAGGAGCUUCAAUAAAGGAGCCAGGCUGGUAUUCACGAUCUACCCUGCAACCAUAGGUGAAUCUUUUCCUUCUGUUUUUUCUUCUUAAAUGGAGAAUGACAGCACAAAGAAGCAAACAACUGUAGACAAAUUGCCAAGGUGCAACAUUUAUCCUUCAUUAUGUUUUUUUUUUAUUAAUAGUAAAAGUAAUCGAGGUUCUAUCGGUCCUCCGACUUUGAUGUUUGCCAGAAUAUAUAUAGUCUUUAUAUUUUCUUCAUGCUCGUAUUAACUGAAUUUUUGCUAUGAACUGAGGAAGGCAAUGAAACUUGUGUUUUAGU